AUGGCGCCUCAAAACUCGACACUGAUUAACGAUUCGACGGGUUCGGCCUCGCUGGUCACCUCGGCCGAGGAGCUGGGCAAAUUUAGCCCCAUCCUGCCGGCCAAGAACCAUCACCACCAUCAUCACCAUCGUCAUCACCACCACCAUCGUCAUCAAAGUCGCGAUCAAGGACAGCAGCACCAGCAGAAACCCCGGCUGCGUACGCCCGAGGUUCCGCCGGUGUCGGCCAGUUCCAGUUCCUUGGACAACAACGCGAAGCCCAGCACGAAGGAUACCACCACAACCACAACAUUGAACGCCAACAGCCAACAGCUACCGCAAGCCACCAUGCGCGCCCCACCAUCCCGGCCCGGAAGCUUUCGAACGGCGGUGGAACCACCGCCACUGGCCAAGGAUGUGCCGCAGGGGCAUGACCACCACCAGCAACCACUCCAUCGUCGGUCCAGUGCGCAGGACACUGGUGCCACCGCCAGCAACUGCGGCACCGGUCGGGGCACGGUGAAACGAGAGCUGCUAAACUCUAUUCCCUGCCAUCAGCACUCACAUCGGCCCACCAGCAGCAGAAGCAGCAUCAGGAGGUACCCGGAGAGCAUCGAAUCCGACGGCAACGUGACCGACGAUACGGACGAUGCGUUCGACGGUGGCACUCCGGAACCACCGACAGAACCUGUCGCAGCCGCCGCCACCGCUGACGCCACCGCCGCGGCAGCUCCACAGGCCGGCCCCAGCUCUGAGAUUGAAAUACCGAUCUGGAUUCGGGGCGAGGCCCGGUUCGUGUCCGGCAUCAACGAAGCGACCACGUGCAGCAACAUUAUCCGCGCGCUGAUCGACGACGAGGUACAGAACGGAAACUACGGUCCGGAAGAUGUCGCAGUAUCGCGUGAUGUGAACGAUUACGUGAUAAUAGAACGAUGGCGUGAGGUCGAGCAAGUGCUCACCGGCGACACACGAAUCCUUUCAAUCUGGAGCGCGUGGGGCGACGCCAGGAACGAGGUGCAGUUCCGGUUGAAAAUCAAUAAAGCUUACACCGAAAAGGCUCCCGUCGGUGACAAGGAGAACAAAUCCAAGAAGCAGAAAGAAAAGAUCGGCCUCAUCAACCGCAUGAUGCGCAAGGUGCUGAAGCAGGGCGAAGCUAUUCAGAAUCAUCUUUCGCAGAUAAGCCAAAAAUCAACGGAGAAGCGCCAGCAGGACAAGUUCCGCAAGUACGUGCGCAAGAACUGCGGCAAGCAUCUGAUCAUGGAGAACUUUCUGCACGACGCGACUACCAACCUAUCCGAUCUGUCGGUGGACGGCGAACCGCUCGUGGCAGCGGGAGGAAACGUUGCCGCAGGCGCCACCCCCGCCACCAGUGGGGAAGGAAGCCAAAAGAAGGAGAAAGUUCGACGCAGCACCUUUCCGGGGAAGCUGCUCUUUUCCGCACGAAAGAGUACCUCAUCGAGGGUAGCCGCUGGUGAUGGUGGCGGCGGUGGUCGCGUACUGAAGAACAUCCUGUUCGAGUCGUCCGAUCAGCUGGAUGGUGUGAAGGCGAACGAAGACGAGCUGCUGCUGGUGAUCGAUCACACUUCCGACAGUGACAGCGGGAUCUUCACCAACAAUGUGCUGAGCCGACGCGACACGCUGCCGAAGCGGCCAAACUUUGGAUCGAUGGUGGAAAUCGACCGGUACACCAAAGACCUGGACGACGGCGGUGAACUGGUCGAGUUCCAGGGUCGUGGAUUUAGUAGCGAUUCGGUGCGCCGUCAGCAGAAGUAUCAUCGGUCCAAGCGCCGGUACGAUUCACUCCGGUGUCAUCACCAGAAUCGGUGCCGUUUGGACAGUGCUGCGUCCGAGGACGACGGUGUAGCGUCGUCCGCCGGCGGGUGUAGAUCAUCCGAGGUGGACCAGGAGUUGGUCGAGCUGGUCGGUGGCGAGUCGAAUGUCGAUGGAUCACUUGAUGAAGCGAACGGCGGGCAUGAGGAAGGCGAGGAUGCCGAUGAGGAUCUGACGCCGCCGGUCGAUGAUUUCGAGUCCAGCCAGCAGGUGGACCUGCGUCGCGGCACCUUCAACCGGACCUCGUUCCGGUUCGAUCUGAUCCGCCAGGAGAUUGCGAUCAAGAUGGCCGAGAUGCAGCAUCUGCUCGAGCAGGAGGAGGAUCUGUUGCGGCGGCUGAAGCUGAAGAGUGCCAAAUUUCAUGCCGAAAAUCAAAUCUAUCGCUCGCACAUAGGGCUUGACUUUCACGUUGAACGCCUGCAGCAGUCGAUCGAUCGAUGCGCUCAGGAGAUCAUCGAUAUCGAGCAGCAGCUGCUCGAAACGAAGAUGGAGAUCGAAGAAAAGUCGCCGCUGAUCGACAAUUUGCGUGCCCUGCUCGAGGCACAGGAAGCAGGAUUAUGCUAUCGACGCCCGGUGAGGUCCCAGGAGCAGCAGCAGCAGCGAUACGGCAUCACGACGCACUUCCCAUCGGGCUCCGUGGACGGUACCGGGCUAAGUGCGGACACGUGUUUCACGCAUCAGGCAACAACCGUGCGUGCAACUUCGCGCAACAGUCUCACGCUGUCGGCGAAGCGCAAGUCCGGCCCACCGAGCGAGGUGGAGUUUGUGGACAAUAUUUACGAGUUUUGUGAUAAUAAUCAAAGUUUUGUAGUGUAA